AAUAAAAUGGAGAACAAACACGCACUUGAGAACUGCUACUCUAGCUGCUCUGCCGUCCGAAACAAUAUAUUUUUCAAUUGACAGCUCAAACGGGACAAAAUAAAUGCUCUCUCACUUCUCUACUCUAUUCCUUCUCCAUUAUUGAGAACAAUUUCAUCUGUGCUUCUCCUCUCCUUUUCUCCUUUCUAUGGAUUCCCUUGCUUUCUCUUCUAAGCUCCACUUUCUUCGUGGCGGCAUCCGGCUGUACGACACCGUUGGAUGGAAAUCGAGCUUUGCUCCGCGGAUGUCUUUUUCUGAUUCUCCGAACUCGUUGGAAAUGAUUUGGAUGUUGAAUGUUUCUUCUUCUUGUUUGAAGACGCGGUGUUUUGGAGUUGGAGUUCCACGCUCCACAAUAGAGGUGGUGGAUGAUCGAGUUGUUGAGGAUGAGGAGAAGCAGCAGGAGGCCGGUAGGGUUCUCAGAGUUGGUCUAAUAUGUGGAGGUCCCUCUGCAGAGCGUGGGAUUUCUCUUAACUCUGCUAGAUCAGUUCUUGAUCACAUUCAGGGUGAAGAUUUGCAUGUGAGCUGCUACUAUAUAGACUAUGAACUCAAUGCCUAUGCUAUAUCCUCUGCUCAGCUAUACUCAAAUACUCCUGCAGAUUUUGAUUUUAAACUUGAAAGCCUUGCCCUGGGAUUUUCAUCUCUGUCUGAAUUCGCAGAACAUCUUGCUGCCUCUGUGGACAUAGUAUUCCCUGUGAUUCAUGGUCGAUUUGGUGAAGAUGGUGGCAUCCAGGAGCUGUUGGAAAAGUACAACAUUCCAUUUGUCGGCACAGGAUCAAAAGAGUGUCGUCAAGCAUUUGACAAGCAUUAUGCAUCCUUGGAGCUUAGCAAGCAAGGGUUCAUAACUGUACCUAGUUUUUUAGUGAAGGGAAGCAAAACGGACGAAUCUGAAUUAUCUAAGUGGUUUGCAAGCAACCAAUUGGACCCUAACUCAGGGAAAGUUGUGGUGAAACCAGCUGUAGCAGGAUCAAGUAUUGGUGUAACAGUUGCUUAUGGUGUUGCUGAUUCUCUUAAAAAAGCAAAUGAUUUAAUUCUGGAGGGGGUUGACGAUAAAGUCCUUGUUGAAAUAUUCCUUGAGGGAGGAAGUGAGUUUACAGCCAUUGUAUUUGAUGUGGGAUCUGGCUUUGAUUGUCAUCCUGUUGUUCUACUGCCAACUGAGGUGGAACUUCAAUUUCAUGGCAAUGUUGAUGUAAGGGAAAAGGAUGCAAUUUUCAAUUACAGAAGAAAGUACCUUCCAACACAACAGGUAGCUUAUCAUACUCCGCCUCGUUUUCCUGUAGAUGUAAUUAGAAAGAUUCGAGAAGGAGCAUCUUUAUUAUUCCAACGGCUUCACCUUCGUGAUUUUGCUCGAAUAGAUGGAUGGUUUUUGCCCCCUUCCAGUAAUGUGUUUUUGACUUCAGAUGGGAAAUUUGGAAGGACUGAUUUUGGUCCAGUACUCUUCACUGACAUUAACCUGAUCAGUGGAAUGGAGCAGACCAGCUUUUUAUUUCAACAAGCUUCAAAGGUUGGAUUCUCUCAUUCUAAUAUUCUACGGAGUAUCAUCCAUCAUGCUUGCUUGAGGUUUCCCAAUCUUGUUUCGAAGAAUAGUAUAUCUAAUCACUUGCCAAGAAGAUCAAAAUCCUUUCAGGAAACUGAAACAUUCAGGAAACGUGAAGGCACUCGCAAAGUUUUUGUUAUUUUUGGAGGGGACACUUCAGAGCGGCAAGUAUCCCUUAUGAGCGGAACAAAUGUAUGGCUUAACUUGCAAGCCUUUAACGAUCUUGAUGUAACUCCUUGUUUGCUUGCCCCAUCAAAUGGCAGUUCUUCUGAUGCUAGUUCUAGAGCAGUUUGGUCAUUGCCUUACUCUCUUGUGCUGAGACACACAACAGAAGAAGUUCUCGAUGCUUGCAUAGAGGCAAUUGAACCAGCUCGGGCUGCAUUGACAUCUCACUUGCGCAACCAAGUGACAAAUGAUCUCAUGGAAGGUUUGAAAAAGCAUAGUUGGUUUAAAGGGUUUGAUAUUGCUGAUGAUCUACCUACAAGAUUUUCAUUGGAGGAGUGGAUUAAACUUGCCAAGGAAGUUGAAGCAACAGUUUUCAUUGCAGUGCAUGGAGGCAUAGGUGAAGAUGGUACACUUCAAUCUUUGCUGGAGGCCGAAGGUGUUCCUUAUACAGGUCCUGGUGUAGCAGCUUCAAAGACUUGCAUGGACAAAGUUGCAACAUCUCUGGCUCUUAGGAAUCUUGCAGAUCAGGGAGUUCUUACCAUAAAUAAAGAAGUGUGCAAAAAGGAGGAUUUGCUAAAUAAGCCUGCACUUGAGUUUUGGAAUAAUUUGACCUCAACCCUUCAGUGUGAAACUUUAUGUGUUAAACCAGCAAGGGAUGGAUGCUCAACUGGUGUUGCAAGAUUAUGUUGUGCCGAUGACCUUGUGGUGUAUGCCAAAGCAUUGAGGGACUGCCUUCUUCGGAUACCACCCGAUAGCUUGUCAAAGGCACAUGGAAUGAUUGAGAUGCCCAGCCCUCCUCCAGAGCUCUUGAUCUUUGAACCUUUCAUUGAGACUGAUGAAAUUGUUUUUUCAUCUAAAUCUGUCAGUGAAACUGCACAUUGCUUAAUGUGGAAAGGACACAGCCGGUGGGUGGAAAUAACAGUUGGUGUUAUAGGAAAAUGUGGAUCUAUGCACUCACUGAGUCCUAGUAUUACUGUAAAAGAAUCGGGUGCUAUUUUAUCACUUGAAGAGAAAUUUCAAGGUGGAACUGGCAUCAAUCUUACUCCGCCACCUACAUCAAUUGUUAGUAAUGAGGCUUUGGAGAAUUGUAAACAUCAUAUUGAACUGAUUGCAAACACUCUGCAAUUAGAAGGAUUUUCACGAAUCGAUGCUUUUCUUAACGUUGAUAGUGGAGAGGUCUUGGUUAUAGAGGUCAAUACUGUCCCUGGAAUGACUCCUUCCACUGUCCUGGUUCAUCAGGCACUAGCAGAGCAACCUCCAAUGUAUCCUCACCGAUUCUUUCGCAAAUUGCUUGAUUUGGCAUUGGAGAGAAGUAAAUAGAAUUUUGUUAUAUUCUAUUGUCUCCUUACUUUGGAAGGACUGCGUGUGUAGUUUGUGGUACUGUAGAAUUGCAGGAUGCAGAACUUGGUUUGCCCCCUCCACCCUACAGUUAGUGAAAAUAAAAAUGUUGGGAAAUUCUCAGAUAAAUUUGCAGUCAUGUGUUCUCCCAUUGGAUUACUUGAAGAUGCUUUUUCUCAUGUGAUCUUA